UCCUCCUCGGCCUCGCGCAGUCUGACUCGAGUUGACAAGCACUUGUUGCACAGCUAACAGCCAUGCUCCGCACGGUCCUGGCCCGAUCUUUCCCACAGAUCUCUCGGAUCUCAGCCUGUCAGUACUCCGCCGCAGCCAUCCCUGCACCAAACGCCCAACCUGACGUGCAUUUUAACAAGCUCUUCAUCAAUAAUGAAUGGCAGGACGCCGUGAGCAGGAAAACUUUCCCCACCAUCAACCCUGCCACGGGAGAGGUCAUCUGCCAGGUGGCGGAGGGCGACAAGGCUGAUGUGGACAAGGCGGUGAAGGCGGCCAAGGAUGCCUUCCGGUUGGGGUCGCCGUGGCGACGGAUGGACGCAUCUCACCGUGGACUACUCCUGAGUCGUCUGGCGGACUGUGUGGAGAGAGAUGCGGCGUACCUUGCGGAACUGGAGACGCUUGACAAUGGGAAGCCGUAUGCUGUUGCGUACACUGCUGAUGUUCCAAUGGUAGUCAAAGUGCUCAGGUACUACGCCGGCUGGGCGGAUAAGUGGGAGGGAAAGACGAUUCCCAUUGAUGGAGAUUAUUUCUGCUACACCCGACAUGAGCCCGUGGGCGUGUGUGGUCAGAUCAUCCCUUGGAACUUUCCUCUCUUAAUGCAGGCGUGGAAGUUGGGUCCAGCCUUGGCCACGGGGAACACAGUGGUCAUGAAAGUAGCAGAACAGACCCCUCUGACCGCACUGUAUGUCGCCAAUCUCAUCAAGGAGGUUGGGUUUCCUCCUGGUGUGGUGAAUAUAAUUCCUGGUAUGGGCCCCACUGCUGGAGCUGCCAUCGCAUCGCACAUGGACGUGGACAAAGUGGCUUUCACCGGCUCUACUGAGGUCGGUCGUUUAAUCCAGCAGGCCGCUGGCAGCAGUAAUCUGAAGAAAGUGACUCUGGAGCUGGGAGGAAAGAGCCCAAACAUCGUUCUGUCCGACGCCAACAUGGAGGAGGCAGUGGAGCAGUCCCACUUUGCCAUCUUCUUUAACCAGGGUCAGUGCUGCUGUGCCGGUUCACGUACCUUCGUGGAGGACAGGAUCUAUGACGAGUUUGUGGAGCGCAGCGUGGAGAGAGCCAAGAGGAGGGUGGUGGGAGAUCCCUUCAACCUCAAAACCGAACAGGGUCCUCAGGUGGAUGAGGAUCAGUUCCAGAAGGUUCUGGGCUAUAUCAGCAGUGGAAAGCGUGAGGGGGCAAAGCUCUUGUAUGGAGGGGGUGUGGCUGCAGACCGUGGAUACUUCAUCCAGCCCACUGUUUUCGGAGACGUCCAAGACAGCAUGACUAUCGCCCGUGAGGAGAUCUUUGGGCCUGUGAUGCAGAUCAUGAGGUUUAAGUCUUUGGAGGAGGUGCUGGAGAGAGCCAAUGACUCUCAGUACGGCCUGGCCGCCGCCGUCUUCACCAAAGACAUCGAUAAAGCUCAUUACGUCUCCAGCGGCCUGCGUGCCGGGACUGUGUGGAUUAACUGCUAUAACGUGUUUGGGACCCAGGCGCCUUUCGGGGGGUACAAGGCGUCGGGAGUCGGGCGUGAGCUGGGAGAAUACGGCCUGGAGAAUUACACCGAAGUCAAAACGGUGACCAUCAAGGUCCCCCAGAAAAAUUCGUAAACUGUGGCCCCCACUGAAGAACGGUUAACAUCGCUCAGGUCAAAGGUCCCGACAUGCCUCGACCCGCGUGACCUUCACUGCUAUGUGGAACUGCUACAGACACGUGACCUGCGCUCUGUUUACCUGCUCUGCGCGUCCCUGUUCCCCUGACCCAUGUCCUCUGCUCAUGCUUUGAUACAUAAACUUUGUUUCUUUUGUAGUAAAGAAAGCUUGGCGAUACUGACCUCCGUAAAGUUCUGUUCUAUUUUCCCAGAGGUAAAACAAAGCCUCAUUUCAGAGACUCUCAAAUCAUUUCAUUACAUUCUGAAAUCAAACUGAUACCCUCUGUUUCCUGCCUUGCGUUCAGAUUGGAUGAAUGUACAAGCCAAUGGAGUAUUUCUCACUCUUAUGCUAGAGCUGUGUGACCCAGUAAAAGUUGCACAAACAC